GCAGAAACAACCAUUUGCUGUUUGAGCAAGUCUGCUUUUCAUUUACAGUUUGGGUCAGUGAGUGAGGAGGCCUUGAUUGUAAUAUUAGAGACAAUCCUGUUUUGAGCUUCUUCCACCAAAAGGCAGCUCAGUUCUUCACUGCUCCUAGCCAGUUGGAGGGAUCGUGUCUUUGGAAAAAAAAAAAAGAAUACUAUUCAGAAUCCCAGCUUCCCUUCCUUCACUGUGGAGAAAAGCACCAGGGGGAACCAGGGACGUUUAGCAGAAUGAGAAGAUGAGUUCAAUAUGCAAAUAAGGUCCUGGAAUUCUUAAUUCUAUAUUUACUCAGGGAUCUAAAACUGGUGCUUUGAAAAGCUAACCAACUCAUAACCAAACAAAAUGAGGAAGUAUCACCAUUUGAUCUUUGCAACAAUCUGUUGUCUUUUACUCUCAGGCAAUCAUGAGGCUGAGGCACAGGUGAAAGAUGGCAAAAUCGGUGCUGCUGCUGAUAUAAUAUUUCUAGUGGAUUCCUCUUGGAGCAUUGGAAAGGAACAUUUCCAACUUGUUCGGGAGUUUCUGUAUGAUGUUGUAAAACAAUUAGAAGUGGGUGGAAAUGAUUUUCGGUUUGGUCUGGUCCAGUUCAGCGGAAACCCACAUUCAGAGUUCCAGUUAAACACCUAUCAUACUUUGCAAGAUGUCCUCUUCCAUAUUUCACACAUGCCUUACAUGGGGGGAGGAACCAAGACUGGACAAGGAUUAGAAUUCCUAAUUCGGAAUCAUCUAACUAAAGCUGCUGGAAGCAGAGCGAGCGAUGGCAUCCCCCAGAUUAUUAUAGUGUUAACGGAUGGACGUUCCCAAGAUGAUGUGGCUCUACCAUCAUCUAUUCUUAAAUCUGCUGAGGUAAACAUGUUUGCCAUUGGAGUGCAGGAUGCAGUGGAAGGGGAAUUAAAGGAAAUAGCAAGUGAACCCCUUGAUAUGCACCUGUUCAACCUAGAGAACUUUACUGCUCUCCACGGCAUUGUAGGAGACUUAGUUGCAAGCAUUCGCUCAUCCAUGGCUCCAGAAAUGGCUGGAGUACAAGGAGGGAUUAAAGACACCACAGCACAAGAAUCUGCUGACAUUAUUUUCCUUAUUGACGGAUCAAAGAACGGCGCUGUCACUUUCUCAGCCAUUCGUGAUUUCAUUGCAAAUUUAAUUGAAAGACUCUCAGUUGGACCUGAGCUCAUACGCAUUGGGGUGGUGAUGUUUAGUGAUCAACCCAGAACUGUAUUCUCCUUGAACAGCUACACCCAAAAAGUUGAUAUUCUAGAUGCAGUGAAGGCCCUUAGCAUUCUUGGUGGCGAGGAAGCUAAUAUUGGGGAUGCUCUUGAGUUUGUGAUGCAAAACCACUUCACCCGCUCAGGAGGCAGCAGGAUAGAGGAGGGUGUGCCACAGAUUUUAGUGCUCAUAAGUAGCAUUGAGUCUAGUGAUGACGUAAGAGAAGGAGUUUUAGCCAUGAAGCAAGCUAGUAUAUUCUCAUUUAGCAUUGGGGUCCAAAAUGCUGACAAUGCAGAGCUUCAGCAAAUUGCUACUGAUGCAAGCUUCGUAUUUACUGCCCUGGAUACACGUAACCUUGGUGAACUUCAAGAACUCUUACUGCCAAACAUUGUUGGAGUGGCCCAAAGACUCAUUUUGUUAGAUGCCCCAACCAUUCUUACAGAAGUGGUUGAAGUCAAUAAGAGGGACAUAGUCUUCCUGAUAGAUGGUUCUACUGCCUUGGGACUUGCCCCCUUUAAUGCAAUUCGUGAAUUCGUUUCCAAAACCAUCCACAGAAUGGAAGUCGGACCAGAUCUGAUUCAAGUUGCAGUGGCACAAUAUGCAGAUACUGUAAGACCAGAAAUUUAUUUUAAUAGCUUCCAGUUGAAAAAAGAUAUCACUAACAAUGUUAAGAAAAUGAAACCAGUCGGUGGUGCUACACUUAAUACAGGCUCAGCAUUGAGGUUUGUUAAAAACAACUUCUUCACCAGCGCUGUUGGGAGCAGGACUGAUGAAGGCGUCCCACCCAUGGUGAUUCUGAUCACUGGGGGUGUGUCCAGAGAUGAUGUGGUCCAGCCAGCACAAGAAAUGAAAAGGAAUGGCAUUGUGGUCUUUGCUGUGGGAGCCCGAAAUGCUGAUCGUACUGAACUUGAACAAAUUGCCUCCAAACCAAGGAUGGUUUUCACCCCCACAGAAUUCCGCACAACUGCACUAGGAGCCAUCAUGCCUGAUGUUUUGUUAUCUAUAAAGUCACUCCCUAUAAGCACUGUGGAAAUACCAUCAAGAGAAGUAAACAAAAGAGAUAUCGUCUUUCUUUUGGAUGGAUCAAUCAACGUUGGAAAUACCAACUUCCCAUUUGUCCGUGACUUUCUUGUGAACCUAAUUAAUUCCCUUGAUGUUGGAAUUGAUGAUGUACGAAUUGGCAUAGUGCAAUUUAGUGAGAACCCCAAAACAGAAUUCUUUUUAAACACAUUCCUAACCAAGUCAGAUGUCCUUUCUCGUCUGAGGCAGUUGAGACUGCAAGGGGGGUCAAUACUGAAUACAGGAGCUGCAUUAGACUUUGUCCUUUCCAACCACUUCACUGAAGCAGGUGGGAGCAGGAUAGAUGAGAAUGUCCCACAAGUGCUAGUCUUCCUUGCAGCAGGGCCAUCUGCUGAUGCCUUCCAAGAGGCUGCCAAUGCCUUAGCUCGUGCAAGAGUGCUGACAUUCUGUGUUGGGGUUAGGAAUGCCAAACUGGCAGAACUUCAGCAGAUUGCAUUUAAUCCACAAAUAGUAUAUUUUAAGGAUGAAUUCAGCUCUCUGGCAGCUUUACCACAGGAAAUGAUUAGUCCACUAACAACAUAUGUUAGUGGAGAUGAGGAAGACGUUACAAUCACAUCAACAGAAAACAAGAUUGAUAUCUUAUUUUUGAUUGAUGGCUCAGUGAAUCUUGCUGGCCAGUUUCCUGCUGUUCGAGAGUUUGUACUCCAAAUUAUUUCUGACCUGAAUGUGGGGCCGGAUGCUGUACGAGUAGCUCUAGCCCAAUUUAGUGACAAUGUGCAAGUGGAGUUCAACUUUGACAUCCCAUCCAAGACAGAGAUCCUUCAGAAAGUAAGAAGGAUGAGGAUAAAAGGAGGAAGGCUACUGAACAUUGGAGCUGCACUAGAUUAUGCCAAAAAAGACAUCUUUGUGAGACAUGCUGGGAGCAGGAUUGAAGAAGGCGUCCCACAGUUCCUGGUCCUUCUUGUUGCUGGGAGAUCAGAUGACACUGUGGAUGAACAUGCUGAUGCCCUGAAACAAGCUGGUGUGGUUACUUUUGUUAUCCAAUCCAAGACCUCAGAUCCGGCUGAAUUAGAAAGGAUAGUUUAUGCCCCUCAGUUCAUUCUAAAGGUUGAUACCCUUUCUAGAAUUGGAGACAUACAACCUGAAAUAGUCAAUUUGUUGAAAACCAUACAACUUAAACAUCCAGGAGAUAUGAAGAAAGAUGUUGUUUUCCUUAUUGACGGCUCUCAGUUUGCAAUUCCUGAGUUCCCUUCGAUUCGUGAAUUUAUUGAACGGCUUGUAAAUAAUAUGAACGUGGGUUCAGAUGCUACUCGAGUAGCUGUAAUUCAAUUCAGUGAUAAUCCCAAAGUUGAAUUUUUGCUGAAUGCACAUUCUACCAAGCAGGAAGUACAAGCUGCAGUGAGGAGACUAAGUCCCAAGGGUGGGAGGCAAGUGAACCUUGGUUCUGCCCUAGAAUAUGCCUCAAAGAAUAUCUUUACAAGGCCUUCUGGAAGCCGCAUAGAGGAAGGAGCACCUCAGUUUUUAAUCAUUCUUUAUUCCCACCAACCUCAUGAUGAUACAGAGAAGCCGGUACAUCUGAUCAAACAGAUCGGUGUGGCGCCGCUUCCUAUUGGAAAGAAUGUGGAGCCUGAGGAAAUUACCAAAAUAGCACUUAGUCCUGAUUAUGUGUUUCAAGUGUCAACUUACCAAGACUUACCUAGUCUGGAACAGAAAUUGUUAUCUCCUCUUAGAACACUAACUACACAGCAGAUACGAAAACUCAUUGCUGAUACAAGUCGCCCUCCAGAAAUUGACAGUGAAGCAAAGGACAUUGUCUUCCUUAUCGACAGCUCUGAUGAUGUCAGACCAGAUGGGCUUGCUCACAUUCGGGAUUUCAUUUUCCGGAUUGUCCAGCAAUUAGAUGUCCGACCAAACAGAGUGAGAAUCGCUGUUGUCCAAUUUAGCGAUGAAGUGUUCCCUGAAUUCGACUUAAAAGCCUACUCAACCAAAGAGACUGUGCUACAAGCCAUACGGCGCUUAAGGCACAAAGGAGGUUCUCCCCUGAAUGUUGGGAAAGCUCUGGACCACGUCAUGAAGACCCUCUUUAUCAGAUCAGCAGGGAGUAGGCGAGAAGAUGGAGUCCCACAGCAUUUAGUCCUCUUGCUUGGAGGGAAAUCCCAGGAUGACAUCAGUAGACCUUCUCUUGUGGUGCAGAACUCUGGGAUUAAUACACUGGGAGUUGGAACAAGACAAGUAGACAGUGCAGAAUUGCAAAGGAUCACCAACAAUCCCAAAACAGCAUUUAUUGUGAGAGAGUUUACUGAGCUCCCAGCAAUAGAAAAACGGUUCUUUGCAUCAUUUGAGGCACCACAAGAGCCAACCGAAAUACCACCUGAUGUUUCUAUUGUUGGUAAAAAACAAGGUGAUAUUGUCUUCUUGCUGGAUAGCUCCAUCAAUUUUGGGAGAGACAAUUUCCCUACAGUUGUUGAAUUUAUACAUGGCUUAAUCGAUGCUAUUUAUGAGGAAGGUGAUUCUAUUCAAGUUGGCUUAGUGCAAUACAACUCUGAUGUGAGCGAUGAAUUCUUUCUGAAGGAUUUCUCUGACAAAGAACACAUCUUAGAUGCAGUGAAGAAAGUUCUGUACAAAGGAGGCAGAAUUGCCAACACUGGAGCAGGUAUCAAGCACAUCCAAGCAAAACAUUUCGUGAAGGAGGCCGGCAGCAGGAAAGACCAGAACGUCCCUCAGAUUGCGGUCAUUAUAACAGCAGGCAAGCCAGAAGAUGAUGGGGAGUCAGCAGUCUUAGGGCUAUCCCAGGCAGGCGUCAAGGUGUUUGCAGUUGGCGUGAAAAACAUUGACCUGGAUGAAAUUACAAAGCUGUCCACUGACAGCACUACAGCUUUUAGGGCUGCAAACCCACAGGUCCUCUCCGAGCUCAAUGAAGCGGUCCUGGUGACCCUGAAUGAUGUCAUGAGAGAACAGCUAUGCCGUGGUGUGGUGGAAGUCUCCAGAGAUUGCAAUCUGGAUGUUAUACUUGGAUUUGAUGUCUCAGAUACAGUACCGGGGCAAAACAUAUUCAGUGUACAAACAGUGCUGGAGUCAACAGUUGAAGAUAUUCUGAACAGGAUUAGUCAAAUACAGAAAAUUAGCUGCACCCCCAACCAGGCACCUACAGUGCGUGUGGCACUUCUGGCACAGACUUCCUCUGGAGCUGUGGAAGCCUUUGAUUUUUCAGAGUAUCAGCCGGAGUUGUUUGAAAAGUUCCAGGCCUUGCGAAAUGAUGGACCAUAUGUGCUCACUGCAGACACUCUCAAGUCUUACCAGAAAAAAUUUCAAACAGCUCCUACUGGAAGUACAAAGGUGGUGAUCCACCUGACUGACGGUAUUGAUGGUGCCAAGGGACCACUGGCAGCUGCAUCGGCUGAUCUAAAGAAAGAAGGUGUCAAGGCUCUUAUUCUUGUUGGGUUGGAGCGAGUAGCUAAUUUUGAGGAAGCGAUGAAGCUGGAAUUUGGGCGUGGCUUUACUUAUAAUAGGCCUCUCCAAGUGAAUCAGCUGGAUUUAGAUUUUGAACUGGCAGAGCAACUGGACAACAUUGCAGAAAGGUCGUGUUGUGGAGUCCCAUGCAAAUGUUCUGGACAACGGGGAGACAGAGGACUACCAGGCACAGUUGGGCCAAAGGGAAUUCCAGGGGAAAAUGGCUACAGAGGCUAUCCAGGAGAUGAAGGUGGAGUGGGUGACCGUGGACCCCCCGGGAUAAACGGAACCCAAGGAUUUCAAGGCUGCCCUGGUGAAAGGGGAAUGAAGGGCAUCCGUGGAUUCCCAGGAGAAAAAGGCGAAUUAGGGGAGAUUGGGCUUGAUGGAAUAGAUGGAGAAGAGGGAGAGAGAGGCUUUCCAGGUGUUCCUGGGGAGAGGGGAAGCCCUGGUAGACGGGGUGGCAAAGGAAGCAAAGGAGAAGUAGGAGAACCAGGUGACCAUGGACUUCGAGGAGAUCCGGGCACUGCUGGAACUGAUAGUACUCAGAAAGGACCAAAAGGCCAAAAGGGAGAACUUGGACCAGCGGGAGAAUCUGGAAGAGAUGGACCACGAGGUGACGCAGGAGGAAUUGGAAGAGAUGGAGGACUUGGCAGAAGAGGACAACCAGGGAUCAAAGGAAAUAAAGGUGCCCUUGGCCCACCAGGAUUUGAUGGAGAACAAGGAAUUAAAGGUCCCCAGGGACCAUCUGGCAAAACUGGAACUCCUGGCCUUCAAGGAGAGCCCGGCCUCCCUGGUCAGAGGGGUGCUGCAGGUCCAGCUGGAGCUGUUGGGGAGCGUGGUAGGCCUGGUCCUCUUGGUAAAAAGGGUGAAGCUGGUGAGCCUGGGCCAAAGGGGCCCAUUGGUCCUCCUGGGCCCCGAGGAGAAAUGGGAGAUGAUGGACGAGAUGGAGUUGGCAAGGAAGGAGCUAAAGGCAGAAUGGGACAACCUGGUUUCCCAGGAUACCCAGGACCACGGGGUGUACCUGGAGAUCAUGGUGGUGAUGGUAAACCUGGCCCCAAAGGAAGCAGCGGUCAUCGGGGAGAUUCAGGACCACCUGGCCUAAGAGGUCAGAAAGGAGAGAGUGGAUAUCCAGGACCAGCUGGACUUAAGGGUAACAAAGGAGAGUCGAGAGAUCACUGCACGCUUGUACGCAACAUCAAAGAUAAAUGUCCCUGCUGUUAUGGUCCAAGAGAAUGCCCUGUUUACCCAACCGAAUUGGCCUUUGCUCUUGAUACUGCCGCUGGUGGAAAUGCAGACACUAUCAAUAGAAUGAAAGAUGCAGUAGUGUCAAUUGUUAACAAUAUCACAAUUGCAGAGAGCAACUGCCCCAGGGGCGCCCGAGUAGCACUGGUUACAUAUAACAGUGAAGUCACCACCGAGAUACGUUUUGCUGACUCCCGAAAGAAGAAAGAUUUGGUAAAACAAAUCGAGGACCUCCAAUUUGUUCAGACAUCCAAACAGCGUAGCUUAGAAACAGCCAUGGGAUUUGUGGCCAGGAAUACUUUUAAGCGUGCACGUAGCGGCUUCCUUAUGAGAAAAGUGGCUGUGUUCCUCACCAAUGGGCCAACGAGAGCAUCUCCACAGCUGAAUGAGGCGGUGCUGAAACUCUACGAUGCUGGAGUGGUGCCUGUGUUCCUUACAAACAGAGAGGACAGGGCCCUUAUAAAUGCAUUGCAGCACAACAACACUGUAGGUGGACAGGCUUUAACAUUUGCUGGUGGUCCAAAUCAACUGGCUGCAACUCUUCAGAAAGUGUUCACAUGCCAUAUUUGUCUAGAUGUAUGUGAUCCUGAUCCCAGUUGUGGUAUCCAGAGGGGUAGCUUUGGCAGAGACAGACGGGCAGCUCCUACAGAUGUUGACAUUGAUAUAGCAUUCAUCCUGGAUAGUUCUGACAGUACCACUCAAAUGCAAUUCAAAGAAAUUAAGAGCUACAUUUCAUACAUUGUAAGCCAACUGGAAACUAGUUCUGAUCCCAAGGUAUCUCGGCAUCAUGCCAGGGUUGCUGUCGUCCAGCAUGCUCCCUUUGAGUUCCAGUCAAACUCAAGCGCACCUCCUGUCAAAGUUGAAUUGUCACUGACAGAUUACGGACCCAGGGACAAGCUAAUGGAUUUCAUUCAGACCCAGAUGUCACAGCUGUAUGGAACACGGGCUGUGGCAACUGCAGUAGACUAUACAAUAAGACAUAUUUUUGAGAGUGCACCAAAUCCCAGAGAUCUCAAAGUCAUUGUUUUGAUGAUGACAGGAGACAUUGAAAAGGAAGAACUGGAACACCUUCAGAAAGUUAUUGUAGAAGCUAAAUGCAAGGGAUAUUUUUUUGUUGUUAUGGGCAUUGGUAGGAAUAUUAACAUUCAAGGUAUCUACAGUUUGGCAAGUGAGCCUAAUGAUGUCUUCUUCAAAUAUGCUGAUAAGCCAUCAGAACUUCACGAAGAACCUUUGCUACGCUUUGGAAGCCUCUUGCCAUCCUUCAUCAACAGUGAAAAUGCCUUUUACUUGUCUCCAGAUAUCAGGAAACAAUGUGAUUGGUUCCAGGGUGACCAACCAGUCAAAAAAUUUGGCCAGAAACAACUAAAUAUUCCAGACAAUGUUACUGUCACACCUGCUGUAACAGAGAAACCAGAAGUGAUUAAACAUAGUGGAGAAGUCCAGAUAACUGAUAUCACUGAAAACAGUGCUAAGCUGCAUUGGACAAUUCCUGAGCUUCAAAAAGUCUAUGUCUAUGACAUCACAGUCACCUCAGCACAUGACCAUUCCUUAGCUGUGAAGCUUAAUUUAACUGGCAAUGAACGAGUCAUUGGAGGUCUUCGGAGUGGACAAAAGUAUUAUGUUGCUAUUACAGGCUACCACAAUGCUCAGGCCAAAGCUACUUACAGGGGAGCAUUUAAUACAAAGAGCAUGCCCGUGGCCAAAGUGCCUUCAGCAGCAGCAACAAAUGUAAUGGUGAAUACCGAACCUUUGGAAGUCCCUGAAAAAGAUCCUUGCUUACUGGACCUUGACAUGGGCACGCAGUGCAAGGAGUAUCAGGUUAAGUGGUUCUUUGACUACAAAAACAAGAUCUGCACCCAGGUUUGGUAUGGUGGGUGUGGCGGUAAUGCCAAUAGAUUUGAGACAGAAGCUGACUGCAUUAGCAGAUGUGUGAAGCCAUCAGAUGAGAAAGACAUGCAGCUUCCUGUCCUUGAGAAAAGUCAUUUGUCAGGACAGAAAGUGCACAUGAAGAAUUUAUCCAGGAGGAAAUUUCCAAGAAGGAAAUUAAGAAGCAGAGCAAAAAAGGUAGCAAGAGCAGUCACAGAUAUCUGUCAGUUGAAAAAAGAAGAUGGUCCUUGCAGGGAUUUUGUUCUAAAAUGGUACUUUGAUCCAAACACCGCAAGUUGUGCUAGAUUCUGGUAUGGUGGCUGUGAUGGAAAUGAAAAUAGAUUUAACACACAAAAAGACUGUGAAAAAGUCUGCAUUUCAGCUCACAUCAAGCCUGGUGUUAUCACAAAGAUUGGAACUUAAUUACAACAAAACAUCAACAGAUACCUCUAAGAAAACCAGGAGUCAGCCAUUGCCAACAUACCCCGUGUAGAAGCUAAGGGUAUAGGCUCCCUUGCACUGUGCUAUUUCUGCUUUACUUUCUAAGCAAACCUUGAAGAAAGUGUUUUGCUGCACAAUUUUAUCAAUAUGGUGCUAAAGUGUUUGUGGACUGAACGCUCAAUGUGUCUGGGAUAUACUCUAUAAUUUCAAAAGUAUGUACUAUUUACCUACCACCAAUUUUACUUGUUUCAACAAAUUAGUUUACUUUGGAUUCUACCAGGAUGCCUGAUUUGGCCAAUGUAAAGAUUAUAAAAGAAUGUGGAAAAAAAACACUGCCACUGUUAUAUACUUGCUUUUAUCAUUGUCAUAACUGAACAUAACUUUAGAUGGAAAGCCUUAUGUCUGUUCUGAAAAAAAAGGAGUCCAACUUUUCAUUCUAUUUUUACUCUUGCUGGAUUAGAUUUUAUAUCAGUUCUCUUUUAUGCAUAUGUGAUCAAUCAGACCAGAAACAAAUGCAGCAUUUGCUGGUACUGACACACUGCUGGGACCAACAACAGAGUUCAAGAGUUUUUAAAACACGGUGUAGAAUGUUUCUGGCAAUCCUCUAAUAUAGUGUGUUUUAUAAUUUUUAAUAUUUUUUGCUGGGGUGGGAAGUCUAUUUUUUAUUAUUUUGUUUUUAGGAAAUCUUUACGAAAGAACUUUUAAAUAAAGUUUAAUUGAGGUUUUGAAGGUCUUGGAGUUUCAUUGUGUGUGUGGUGGUGCUUUUUACAAUAAAAACACGAUUCUAGAA